AUGUUAGGUUGCCUGCCAUUGGUAUCAGACAUGCCUGUCAUGGUUGGGGAGAACUUCAAUGUCAAGGGCAGGAUAGUGAAUGGGAGCGAGGGACACUUAAAACAUAUCAGAUAUGAAAAUGAUAAGGCUCAUCAUGCCCUUGCCAGAAGUGCUGUAGUCACGAUUCCUGACUCCGCUCCACUUGCAUUCUUGGAUCUUCCGCCACAUGACUGCGUCAUUCUGCCAAAGCCAAUCUCAAUUAAAGUCACCCAUCCAAUAUCAAACCGCACUCUGAUGGUGAAGUGA